GUGCUUAUGUGUAGGUGUGGCGAAGGUAUGAUGCACAAUAUGAGAAGCGGAAGCGCAGCAGGAGCGUUUUAGCUGCCCAUAAGGACGUUUCUUACCCCUGUAGUCCCAAGAUUUGGAGAGAGAUUCUGAUACAAAAAUGAUUCGCUUCUUGUUGCUGUUCAGCAAGCAGGGAAAGCUGCGGCUACAGAAGUGGUUCACGCCAUUAACAGAUCGCGAGAAGAAGAAGGUGAUCCGGGACAUGAUGAUGAUUGUGUUGGCCCGUAAUCCGCCUUCAUGCAACUUCCUGCAAUGGAGUGACCUCAAGAUUGUCUACAAGAGGUCGAUGUGCAAAACAAAAAUGUACGCCAGCCUAUAUUUCUGCACUGGUCUGGAGGAGCAAGAUAAUGAGCUGUUGAGCCUCGAAGUGCUGCACAGAUAUGUUGAACUGCUGGAUAAAUACUUUGGCAACGUGUGUGAGCUGGACAUCAUUUUCAAUUUCGAAAAGGCGUAUUACAUCUUGGAUGAAUUCUUGAUGGGAGGAGAAAUUCUAGAAACCUCCAAAGUGUCCGUGGGUGUCUCUCUGCAGGAGGCCGACGCACUCCAAGAGACAAUGGAGGAAUAUAUGAGCAAACCUUCUUAUUGAGCCAGAAUAAGACGGGAACCAUUCACAUCUCAGGACAUCAACCCAAAGGUUUAAAUCUGUGCAGUAGUUUUACUUUGUAAAAAAUUGCAAAGUCUCUUGCUGUAAAUUUCCUUACUUUUUUACUGCAGAUACGCUCUUUGAAACAUCUCCCAUUUAGUUUUAAAUGCACCCAAACCGUGUUUCCUUUCUGAGUAUUAUACACAGUCACAAUGAGAAUAUAUAUAUUUUUGUCUUUACAAACUGCCUUUUGGUUGUUUAUUUUUUCUUCUUGAGUGGGAUAAAACAUUAGAAACAAACUACAUCCACAAUAAUCAACAUACCUGUGUUUUACAUUGAUGUGGGGUGCAGUGGUUAGCUCUCCUCUCUCACAGUCCUACCACAUUCCCAAAACAUGCUUGUUCGGUUAAUUGAAGACUCUAAACUGUCCAUAGGCGUGAAAGUAUGAAUAGUUGUUAUUACUUUAUGUGCCCUGCGAGUGGCUGGGUUGUACCCUGCCCAAAGUCAGCUGGGAUGGGCUUGGGCUCCAACUUACCUACGAUACUAAGACAAGGGAGGACAAGUGGUGUAAAUAUAAACAUACCUCACUGACAGUGUCAAUCAAAACAGAUAGAGAUACAGACAUGUGUGUAUAUGCAGUUACUUAAUUCUGUGGCUGUGAGUGUAUUUUAGAGUUGCAAGUAAAUGCUGCAUUUAUAUGUACCUCCCAAGUCUUACACAGAUUAAUUCCAGUGUAUUCUGCCAGUAUCUGAGUUUUUUUCUUCGAACCCCAAUUCCAGUAAAGUUGGGACAUUGUGUAAAACAUAAAUAAAAACAGAAUACAAUGA